AUGUCAUUUAGUCGGGUCCCUUCUUUCUCUCGACGUUUCUUCGGUAUGCCGGGGAUGUGUUUGGCAUCCUGGCUGCUCCUUUGGGCGACAGCCCAGUCAAUGAAGCUUCACCUGGGCAACGAGUUGAAUACCAGUCGUUCAUUCUCCUGCGAAGACACGGCGCCGACUUUUGUCGGCGACAUGGCGCAGGACUUGGAAGGGUCGUAUGGCUAUGACUCGAUGUUCUACAAGGGUUGCCUUCAGUUUGUUCACAAGAAUGCUGAUCUGAAGCUGCCCAUCAUCGCUCAGAUUGAGAGGUUUGGCAGUGUUUGCAAGCAAGGGCUCUUCGUGGAGGGAGAAUCUGCACUCGGCGAGGUGGAUCCGAGUGUGUUGGAAUCCGAGUGCGACCGGGUCAUCUACAACAUGGAGGUACAGUACAAACUGCUUGGCGGUCGUUCUCUUUCCACACCGGAAGGCUUCUGUGCCGUCCUCAUCGACUUAGUCUUGCCGAUCGACGAGGAGCCAGAGUGUAUGCGACUUGUGGAAGAUGUGACUCAUGCGCACUUGGAGAAGCUGGGUACCAAGCAUGCAUGGCCUGGCAUCAUCCAUGAGCCGCACUUUGACGAAUCCUUCAUGAUUGCUUGCUUAGAAGACAAGAAGCUGGGCAGCGAAGGAAAGGGCAGAGAAGCAGAGUUCGGAGUCGGGUCUGAUGAGUGCAAGCUCGCGCUGGAGCGGCUCAUGAACAUGCCUUGGACGAACGUGAAGGGGAUGGCCGACUUUCUCGCUGAUGUGUGCCCCUUGUUGGGCAAGCCCUUGCCCAAGCUGACCGAGCCACCAGAACCCACGUAUGUCAGCACCACCCGGGCUCUAACGGCAGCCAUGUUUCAAAGAGCUGCUCACCUGAGCCACUUGCGCAACUCCUCCAGCUCUUCCGCACCCAGGCAGAAGCCUUUCAGCGCCCUGGCGUUACACCUUGAUGAAAGCGUUACCGGCAAGGACAGUCGUCGCCGCAGGCGCCGGUUGAACCACAAGCAGGCCACCUGCUGCGAUGGCAAAGCUCGGAGUUACGAGCUGGGUGUAUCGGCUGCGGCGGGCAUCGCUGUCGGCACGACGGCGGUUGGGGCUGAGGGCUAUGGGGGUUGGCAUGGGAACGACUGCACGUACAAGUGGGGACAGUUGCAAGAAGUCUGUGGUGGCGUUCAGCUGGGGGCGGGAUUGGAUAUUUCCGUCUCCCACGGCUACUGGAAUGAUUUCGACUCCACAAAAGGUGAGUGCAGAUUCGUCGGCGCAUCAGCCUGCUUCUUUGUGUGCUUCGGAGGGCAAUAUGUCGUGGACUUGGGAGGCACUCAUAUCGGAAAGGUCAUGGAGACAGGUGGCGGCUUUGGACUUGACGUUUCCGCCGGCCAUUGCAACGCGUGGAAGCUUUGGGAGAAGCAGGAGACGCAGCGUGAUCUGAAGGACAAAUGCCCCAGCGGCGGUGGGGGAGGUUGCUUCCCCGCGCACGCACAAGUGAGGACUCCAGAUGGCGUGAAAAGCAUGCAGGAUUUGCGUGCAGGUGACCGCGUCCUUGCUGCCGACUCCCACGGCAAUCUGAUCUUUGAUGAAGUGUACUUCUUCGGCCAUGCAGAGCAGAAGUGGGCACCAUACGUGAAGUUGCAGCUGCAAAUCCUCUCCGAGAAUGCGUCCCAGCAAUUGGGGUUGGGGUCAUCUUCUCUCGAACCUCUUGAGCUCUCCCCCGAUCAUUUUCUUCACGUUUGA